AUGUCAACCGAGGAAUCUAACACUUCUAACACUGAGAGUUUUAGCGAGAUGUUGAGAAGAUCAAGUGCGAGAUUACGAGGCGGGUCUGUCCCUCCGUUGGACUCUGAACAAACCGUCAACCCCCCAUUGGGAUCCGACCAACCAACUGCUGAUACCACGACAAACAGCCAAAGGGGUAAAAGUCGGGGAAGAGGCCGCCGUAACGCUAGAGGUUCUGCGAGGCCAACUAUGGGAAACGCGAACUCGGGAGAUGGAACCCCAGCUGUAACACUCACAGUUCCUGGAUCAAACGGGAACGGUAAUUCGACCCCUGCAUCAUCAUCGAACCCAGAAGUUCAAGGAGGCGGAUUGUCAACAACCAACCGGGCAAGUUCAGGUGGUUCAACACCCCAAGAUUCGAAUUGUACCUUGGUAAUCCAUCCACCGGGUUCGGCGUUGAUAUCCGAAGAUAACGUUGGGAAUAAUGCUACCGAGAAGUUCUUACGAAGGACAAUACUAAGACGUGGAAUUCUUUCCUUGCCCUGCCCAGUGCCUAAGUCACCCCCACGCAGAAACACAGUCUCGUCAGUCGUCGUUAGCCCUCCGAAAGGAAUGCACUCCUGGUUGGCCGCAAACGGCUUUUCAAUCGUGGAUACCGCAGGACGAGUAGCACCGCGUGGACUCACUGCAGCCCUAGGAUGCCCACCGAAGUCUCUCCCGGCGCCAGAUGUCACGACUACUGCCGCCAACCCACCAGGGAAGUCUGCCAACCCAGCUUCCAGGCGUCCUCCUUGUUUUGACUUAACCAAAGAUACCGACGACGAUAUAAGUCCGUCAUCAAAGGACACUGAAGCUUCAAAGUCUGCGGCUAAAUCAAAACCGGAAGUCAGUACGAAUGGUAUAGAAAAUACUGGUUUCGUCAGCCUCUCUAAACACUGGCAUGAGAAACUCCUACCUCUUGUGGGAUACGUCCCUUUGUCCAUCUUCAACAUCAAUUGGUUGAAGGGAGAUUUACUUCGCACAACGUCCCGGCCACGAACCUCAAAGGACAAAGACGAUAAAUAUGUUGGUCUGUCAGUUCCUGAAGAAUGGAAGAUGUCUUUUGGGGAGUGGGUAACGGCUUUCGACCUUUUCGUGACUUACUUGGAACACUACGACCAUGGCGCCCUGGCCAAACGAUUCAGGCUCCACAAAGAAAACAUGUUCGCGAUUAUGCGGGAACAAAGGAGCUGGCCAAUGGCUUUCAGAUACGAUAUGGCUGUCAGGACCGUUGUGCUUACCAUUAGAAACUCAGACGGCAAAAUCGCUGACCCAGGAGAUCGUAAUGAGAUUAUCGAGCGAGAUGCCCGCCUCGACUCGGAGAGGUUGGGAGAUUUCGACCCUUGGUUUGCCGACUGUAACCCCUAUGCAGACGGACAGGUCAAGUCCCACAUCGACCCAAUCACCGGUGAGAAGCGGCGUUAUCAUGACAACUCCUUUGGAUCAAGUGGCGACCACUCAAUGAGCUCUACUUACGGCAAACCGAAUGCUAGGUCCUGGGCCUUUGCCAACCAGAAUGUUUAUGAUGGUCCAGGGGGUGUUAAUUUUAAUGACGCUGAAGACAGAAGUUUUGGUGGUCGUAGAAAUUGUGGUCGUGGUAGAGGUGGUCGCUGGAAUGGUGGUGGGGGUAGUCGCAAUACUUCUCCUAGAGGUCGUCGGGGAAACGAUGAUUACGAGAAUCGUAGAGCUGAAGGCAGCAAUUCUUGGAAGCGCGAGGAGAAGUGUGAUGACCGCCGCGGCGAUGAGCGCGGUCCUGUUGGCCCCAAAUACGGAGGAAAUGGCAAGGCAAAGUAA